CUAAUUUCGUCCGCUGUUUUCAAGAAAGAAGUCAGGGCGUGUUCUUUCCUCUUUAGAGCAAACAAAUGACGAUCGGAGCAGCCUUUGAGCGCGCAACCGCACGUGCACUUGAGUUUGGCAGUGGGCAAGCGACGCACCCCUCGAACGAACGGCACUCCGCCCUUAACAUCGACCCUGCUGGAAAAUGGGUCGAGAGGGUGGGGCAUGCGCACCGCCGCCGGGGUGGUUUAUGCUCGGCUGGUCUCUUUCCUCAGCGAAUAAUAUACAGCUGGGUCAAUGUUUCGUACCUGAUGGUGCUGCAGCUCUUUUUGUCCGGUCGGACAUGAUCCCCUCCGAGCUGGACAAGCAGCAGCACAAGAAACAGAGCAAGACCUGUUUUCUCACCAGCAUGUUCAAGCAGAAGAAGAGCGACGACGAGGAUUCGUACGGGGGCAUCUUUGGAGUUUGUCCAGUGAGCGCUUCACUGUCAGUGCACGCCACUCUCGAUCUGAUGCCAUGCUCGAUGUCUUCAACCUUGACCCUUACGCCUGGAAGGACGAGAAACCUUGACCAGGACAUGGAAGCGCUGCGCCUUUCCCGACAGGACAAUCCUUUCCUUCAACUGCUGGCUAGUAGGGAAAGUCUCCUGGACUCGGACGAUUGCAAUGACGCUGCCAUCCUCAUGUCAAACGAGCACGUUGUCAGCUCGUUGGACCUUGACCCCCUGAGUUUACCUGAAAUCCACGAGCACAUGAUCCGAAGUCCACCUCCGACCACCUGGCCGAGGUCGCCCAACUCGCGCGUUUUCCAAUUCCCAGUCAGUGACUGCGAAGACGAUUCCAGCCAAGAGAGCCUCACCGGCCACGGUCACGGCAGUCAAGUAUUGCCGAAGGCAACCAUUGAACACUCGUCACCCAAACGCUCACGCAGUGUAAUUGACAACACUGAUUUUGCAGAGAGAAGCCUCGAAUUUGGUGUAAUGGGGAACCGAAUGACGGGAAGGCUGAGCCUGACCCCAAAGGCACCCCGUAGAUGCAGUAGUGACAGUAGAGGUCCCUUUUCCAUUUUGAGUGCUCCAUCCCACUACAACGUGGAAGAGGAGGAAUUUCUGGUAGGCUCAGCACCCCAUUCAGCUGCGCCGUCGAGUUCUCAUAAAAAAUAAUAAUUUCACUCUCCCGUCGUCGAGUUAUUGUCUUUUCGCAAAGCCUCGAGCGCAUUCCUUGUUAAACGCAAUUUACAUUUAAACUCUUCUCUAGAUCGAAACAAACUAGCUGAUCAAAUAAUUUAUUAUAGAGGGCAUAAUAAUAUUGAGGAUUUACAAAUUCAUAUUUUCCCUGAUUUGAACGCAGAGAUCUCGUUUCGGUCGAAAGAUAAAAAGUAAAAUUGAAUAUUUCACAGUUUUAAUAUGGAAAUGUGUAUUUUAUCAUGGAUAUUUAUUAAAGUUUUAUUUGUCUAUAUUCAAGAA